UCUGCGCGGCGCGGAGCGCACUCGGCCGGGCCAUGGAGCGGCGCUGAGCGGGGGGCACGGAGCCGGCGGCCGCCUUUGUGCCAGCGCCGGGCGUGGAGCGCGGCCCCGCCGCCCCCGCCAUGGAGGACGCCCCGCGGGGGCCGUGGGACGGGGAGGCCAAAGCGGUGCAGCAGUGCCUGACGGACAUUUUCACCAGCGUCUACACCACCUGCGACAUCCCGGAGAAUGCCAUCUUCGGGCCGUGCGUGCUGAGCCACACGUCUCUCUACGACAGCAUCGCCUUCAUCGCCCUCAAAUCCACUGACAAGCGCACCGUGCCCUACAUCUUCCGGGUGGACACGUCGGCGGCCAACGGCUCUGCGGAGGGGCUGAUGUGGCUGCGGCUGGUGCAGGCAGCCCGCGAGCGGCAGGAGCAGAACCUGGAGGCCUACGUGAAGAGCGGGCAGCUCUUCUACCGCUCCCUGCGCCGCAUCGCCAAGGACGAGGAGCUGCUGGUGUGGUACGGCAAGGAGCUCGCCGAGCUGCUGCUACUCGGCCCCGCGCGGGGUCCCGACGGGUCGCCGCCGUUCUCCUGCCCUGAGUGCGGACAGCGCUUCCAGUUCGAGCUGCCCUUCGCCGCCCACCUGCGCUUCCGCUGCCCCAAGCGGCUGCACGGAACCAACGGCGGUCCCCCCGACGGCAAGGAGGCAGCCGCCAAGGAGCCAGAGCCCGCCAAGUUCCCCAAGCCGCUUCCUCACCCCUUCCCGGACGGCGGAGCUGGGGGGGCGGCCAAGCCCUCCACGGACUUCCACAACCUGGCCCGGGAGCUGGAGAAUCCCCCGCGCCGCCCUGACGUUCCCCCCGAAGGUGCGGGCGGAGGGACCAAGCGACGGUAUCCCGAGGAGGAGGCUCGGAGCCGCUUCCCGACGGAGCGCCCGGGGCUGCCGGCGGCCCCCAAGGAGGAGCCGGUGUGCGCCCCGCAGCAGCAGUUCCGCGCCGCCGGUUCCUACUGCGGCCCCGAGGAGAGCGGUCGCCUUUUCGCGCCUCCCAGCCCCGAGACGGGCGAGGCAAAGCGCAGCGCCUUCGUCGAGGUGAAGAAGGCGGCGCGCGGCCCCGAGCCCGACGCAGCCCCCGAGGACGGCCCAGAGCGCUCCUCGCCCGCGGCCCCGACGGCGGGCGGCGGGGGGGAGCCGGCGCUGUGCCCCCGCUCCGGAGGAGGCGGUGGAAACGGGGCGGCGACGCGGGGUAGCGCGUUCAGCUCGGUGCCGCAGCUCGGGGCGGCGGGAGCCGUCGGGGCGGAGGAGCGGAAAAGCGCGUUCUCGCAGCCCGCCCGCUGCUUCCCGCCGCUGCCGCUCGGCCCCAAGCUGGGCGCUCUGGGAGAACCGUGCCCCGACGGCCCCUCCGCCGGCCGCCUGUACGCCGCAGAGCUGGCCGCCAAGGAGGGAGCGGGCGGCGGGGCGGGAGCCAAGCAGAGCCCCUUCCUCUACGCUACCGCCUUCUGGCCCAAGAGCUCCGCGGCCGCGGUGGGGCCCCUCCAGCUGCAGCUGCCGUCCGCGCUGACGCUGCUGCCGCCGUCGUUCGCGUCGCUGUGCCUCCCGGCGCAGAACUGGUGCGCCAAGUGCAACGCGUCUUUCCGCAUGACGUCGGACCUGGUGUACCACAUGCGCUCGCACCACAAGAAGGAGUACGCGCUGGAGCCGCUGGUGAAGCGGCGUCGCGAGGAGAAGCUCAAGUGCCCCAUCUGCAACGAGUCCUUCCGCGAGCGGCACCACCUCUCCCGCCACAUGACCUCGCACAACUAGCGGCGGGGAGGCAGGGGGGAAAGGGGUGAGGGGACGGGGGGAAAAAUUGGAGAGCAAUGCAGAAAAGGAAGAGAACGGAGAGAAUUUGAGAAGGGGAAAAUGGAGAAAACGGAGGAAAAAAAAAAAAAAAAGAGAGAAAAA